UCUAACUUUCUUACAUUCCAUUCGUAAAGAUGUUCGGAGAGCCUCGUAAUUUUCCGACAAUUUAAUAUUUUAAUAGUAUUCAAAGUUUCUCAGUUUCUCUGCUGGAAUUAUUGCGGCAAAUUUCUGCAACAUAUGGCAACGUAUUCAUAUUUUCCUACAGCUUGUUGCAAACAUGAACUGUAUUCGUAUUGGUGCUGUUCUUUUCCUUUGUUGUUGUUACGUGGUAUUUGAAUUAUUAGGGGAGAAGGCUACAAGCAAUGUUAAACCCCAAGAUGAUACAGUCACUGAGCAAACUCAGCUUGAGUUUGAUGCUGUUCAAAAGCUUCACAUCCAUUUGGAUGAUGAUAAUGAUGGUGAUGUGGAUUUUUCUGAAUCUGAGGAGUUUUUAAAACAUGAAUUGAAAGUGAAAGAUCAUAAACGUCAUUCAAAGUUUCAUUCGGGUGAUGGUUCGAUUAGUGUUAAUGAUCUCUGGAAAGCAUGGCAAAAAAGUGAAGUCAGUAAAUGGUCACCUCAUGAUGUUGCAAACUGGUUAACACAUGAUGUUAAUUUGCCCCAACAUGUUGAAGUCUUUACGAAAAACAAAAUAAAUGGACAUCAUCUACCAAGGUUGGCUUCGCCGGUCGAUGGUAUAUUGUUGAAUGAUUUGAAAAUUACAAAUAUAAUUGAGAGAAAAAAGAUUGCAUUAAGAGCAAUGGAUGUUGUUCUCUUUGGUGCUCCCAGAAGGCAUAACUAUUUAAAAGACUUCGUAUUGGGGUUGAUGGUUCUUGUUGCAAUGAUGGGAUUCUGGUUUUCCAAUGUACAAAAACGUAAAGCUCAAAAGCAAAUGGAAUCCAUGACGAAAGAUAUAGAAUUUUUGCAAGAUGCAGAGAAAAACCUAACCAGUCUUCAAAAUAGGCUUAAAGAAGCUGAGACAAAUCAUCAAGUAGUUCAACAAGAAAAGUUUCAAUUGGAAAGUAAUCUCAAAGACGAAAUUGAAGCGGCUAAGCGUGAAGCACAGCGUCUUCGAGAGGCACGAGAAGACCACUCGGAAGAAAUUCACACUCGACUUAAAUUGGCUGAACAAGAAUUGGUUCAGGUAAGAGAGGCACUGCAGAAAGCAGAAAAAGAAGUUGAGUAUUUGUCUUCGGAAAUGAGUUCCUCUCUACAGAAAUGGCUUCGAAUCACAUAUCAAAAAGAGGUGAAAAAUUUCCAGUAUCGACGUAACGUUGCAAUGAAGAAGAUGGAAGAAGCCAAAGAUGCUUGUUACAGAUUGAAGCGUAAACGUGGUUCAAUGUUUGGUGCAUUGCGUCUUGCUCAUGAUCAAAAUAUUGAUGAUGUUGAUCAAAGAAUACUUGCAGCUCGAACGUCGUUGGCAGAAGUAACAAGUGACUUAGAAGAACUUCAAUAUCGUUGGCAACAAAUAGAAACAUCUUGUCGUCUUGAACUUGGUGUUUGUACGUCGUUUUUAUGCAAUGAGUCGACUGACUCACCCGUCAAUGCAUCACGACUAGGGCAGUCUGUCAAGUCGGCUGCUGGAUUAGGAUCAGCUGGCACUACCUCUCGCGAAUCCCUUUCGUAUCAUCGAGUAUACACAUAUCCCUCACUUUUAACUGCGGAAGAGAAUCCCUCUCCUUACCAAACGUUGGGAAAGUCAUAUGAAAGACAUUCCUCUGAUCCGAGUGGGAGAACGAGUGAGCGGCCUACUACCGAAGAAUUGGAAUGUAACGGAGAUGAUGUAAAUGGCAGGUACACUGAAUCUGUUGACGGUGUAGAUGAUUGCAGCGGGAGUGAAUUUGAACGAAACAUUGAUUCCGAGUAUUCUCUCAGUCAACAAGACAUCACUGAUGUUCUUACUGAGGGGAACAAUUAGUUAAAAUUACAAAAAAAGAAUUCCGGUGAAAAUGGGUCAUUUUGGAAUGACAAAUCCAAGAGUCAUUCAUUCUCCAGUUCAGAGAGUAAAAACACAGGAUUUAAAAAGAAGUGGUGGUCUCGAGGGAAGAAACACCAUAGCGAGGACGGAAAUUAUGAAACAAACUCAAUUCAAUCGUCCAAAUCGAAAGGCUCAAUGCCCAUAUUAUCGCAAAGGUAGUUUAUUUGUAGGGAAACACAGGGAAAAUUAUUGUAGAAACUAAUCUUAGUCACCUGGGUUGUAUAUAUAGUUGUCCAUAGAAAUUAUAUUUAAUUUUUUUAUGAUGCGUAUUGACAAUAUAACAACCAUGCAAUAAUGCAUUU